AUGGUCGCCCAACAGUCGUCGCGUUCCCGGGCGGGCGGAAGCAGGGCAGUGGUGCUGCCAAAGGCCUCUGAGCGCGACACGAAGCGCAAGCGCAAGCGCCAGACUCGGCCCAGGCGCAACCCGGGUCGCUUGAGGGCGCUCCUCGGCUUUGGCCCAAACGACGACUACAUCGAGACGGGCCCGAUUUCUUCCACCUCUUCCUCCGACGACGACUCGGACUCCCACGAUGACCAGGACGGCGAUCAUAGCGAUCAUGAGGGGGCUGGCGGUUCGAGAGUUGCGACGCGAGCUCAGGUACCAGCGGUCACCUCCGCCUUCCCCACGGCCUCGACGCGAUCUCCAACCCCCGCCACUGGUCCCAGCGCGCAGCCGGCCGACAAUGCGCAUUCGGACUCUUCCGAAGAGGAGUACGUCCUGUCCAUGGCACCGAAGCGGGCGGUGGCCGCGCCCAAGCUUGCCGAGUCCUCGCAUCGGGCGAGGCAGGAUGCGAAGCAGGACCCCAAGUCUGGCCGUGAGCAUCCUGGCCCAGUCGUCGGGACCGACCACAGCAGCCUCUCGGACACCGAGUCCGACGACGACGGCGGCGAGUACAGCCUGACGAGGAGCGAGUCGUACCGCAACGUUUCGGCCGCAUCCUUGCCCCUCUUCACAACCACACCGGCGGCAGCGGCAGCAACGACCGCUCAGCGGCCCGAGUCGCCCUCUUCCUCUUCAGACGACGAGCUUGUCCUCACGCUGCGUCCUUCCACCAAGCAGGCCGCCGCUCGACCUGGCCCGACCGUCGCGCCGAGAGCGGAACCCAGUACCGCCGCCGACGGUCCCGCUGCUCUUGACCAAGGCCAGCGUCCGGCCUUCUCGGUUUCUGCAGAGCAGGCACGAGUCGGCCCCCUCGAGCUAGGCCCAGGCUGUGUCGUGCCCGCCUCGAUCAACCGCUUCCUCCGAGACUACCAGCGCGACGGCGUGAGGUUCUUCUACAAGUCGUACCAGGAGCGGCGGGGCGCUCUGCUCGGCGACGACAUGGGCCUCGGCAAGACGAUCCAGGUCAUCGCAUUCCUGUCUGCCAUCAUGGCCAAGACGGGCCUCGAGUCGGACGCCGACCGCAGGAUCGAGGCGGUACGCAGCGGACGCCAGGGGUCGGGCUUCCAGAAGGCCAACGGCACCUGGCCCACCUGCUUGAUCAUCUGCCCGAGCAGCGUGAUUGACAACUGGCGCGGCGAGCUCGACACCUGGGGCUAUUUCGAGCACGCCGCAUUCACGGGCGCCAAGGGGCGCGCCGCCAUCGAGGCGUUCCGCAGAGCACGACUCGACAUCCUUGUCACAUCGCACGAGACGGCCGCCCUGAACAUCGACCAGCUCGAGGACCUCGACCUCUCGUGCGUCCUCAUCGACGAGGCGCACAAGCUCAAGAACCCAAAGUCGCAGUUGACCCAGGCGAUGCACCAGUUCAAGUGCCCCGUCCGGCUCGCCCUCACCGGAACGGCGAUCCAGAACUCCUACCGCGAGCUGUACACGCUGGCCGACUGGACCAAUCCGGGCCUGCUGGGCGACGUCAAGGAGUGGCACCGUGAAAUCGAGCAGCCGCUCAAGACGGGGCAGAGGCGCGACGCCUCCGACGAGCAUAUCGCCGAUGCCAGGACGCGGGCCGAGAAGCUCGUCCAGAACGUGCUGCCGCUGUUCUUCCUCCGCCGCACAAAGUCGCUUAUCCAGGAUCAGCUUCCGCAGAAGUUUGAUAAGGUCGUGUUCUGUCCUCUGUCCAAGACGCAGCUCGACGUGUACCGGCGCAUCCUGGCCGAGCCUGAGGUCGACUUUAUGCUGCGCCACGCCGACCCCUGCGACUGCGGCGUCCUCGAUCAGCAGACCCAACUGCCUUUCCGCCGGCAAAACUGCUGCUACAGCCGCGACAGCAACGGCGACCCGUGGAACAAGCACAUGCUCAAGUACAUCUACCUCCUGCAGAAGUGCAGCAACCACGUCGCGCUCGUCUUUCCCGACCCCGAGGACGCCACCGCCAAGGAGGCGGAGCGCAACGAGCGCUACGAGCGCCAGCUGUCCUACGUCAAGCUCAUGUUUCCCGACGACUGGAAAGACAAGAGGUGCAACGCGGCCAACGGUAUGAAGGCUGAGUACUGCGGCAAGUGGAACGUGCUCGCCGGCCUGCUCAGGCAGUGGCGGACCGACGGCGACAAGGUGCUGCUCUUCUCGACCAACAUCCGCCUGCUCCAGUUCAUCGAGUUCUUCAUCAUCCAGGAGGGCCACAGUUUCUGCCGCCUGGACGGAUCGACGCCGCAGGCCAAGCGGCAGGACCUGGUCGACAAGUUCAACCGCGAUCCGGACGUCUUCAUCUUUCUCAUAUCGACGACGGCCGGCGGCACGGGCCUCAACCUGACCGCAGCCAACAAGGUCGUCGUCUUUGACCCGCAUUGGAACCCAUCGCAUGACCUGCAGGCCAUGGACCGAGCCUACCGCUUCGGCCAGACGCGCGACGUCAACGUCUACCGGCUGAUUGGCGCCGGCUCGCUCGAGGAGUGCGUGUACGGCCGCCAGAUCUACAAGCAGCAGCAGAUGGCGAUCGGCUACACGGCCACCAAGGAGCGCAGGUACUUUGAGGGCGUCGCCGGCGACAAGGAAAACAUCGGCGAGCUCUUCGGCGUCAAGAAUCUGUUCAACCUGCAGGAGUCUGGCAUCGGUACCAAGUCGAUCAUCGACGAGUGCAACAUCGCCGAGGUCUCGUUCGCGCUCAAGCGGUACCUCGACAAGGCGAAACCGGGCGAGGCGUCAGCCACGGCGGACGACGAGACGCUGCUCGAGCUGGCAAACGGCGAAAGCGCCACACAGAUCCACGAGGCAAAGGUCAAGGACGAAGACGACGUCGAGGACCCGAUCAAGUCCAUCCUCGACAGCGUCGGCGUGCGGUACACGCACCUCAACGACCAGGUGACGGGCGGGAGCAAAACCGAGGCUCGCAUCUCUCGCCAGGCCAAGAGGGCGACGCUGGCCCGAGAUCCGCGCCGGCCGCCGAGCACGGCCACCAGCGGUUCCUCGACGAGGACAAAGGCCAAGCGGACGGCGACGACUAGUGGGGCAGUCUGGCCCCCACCCCGGCCCAAGGUGGGCGAGGUUCCCGGUAGCACGGCAGCUGGUCAUGACCUGGCCGAUGGAGCGCAGGCGAUGCCGAGCAGCCCAGUUGCCGCAAAGGAGAGGCCGGGACUGGGCGCCGCGGCGGCAAGACGCACCGACUUCUCGCUCGAAAAGAUCGCGGAGCUCGAAGGACUGACCGAGGCGGAGGUCGCGGCGCGCAUUCGCGAGAUGUCCAACAAGGAGCAGACGGUCUAUUUCGACCGAGCGUUGCAGCGACUCGCGAGGUCGGCGCACACGCUCUGGACGGCGGCCGUUGAGGACGAAUGA